AGGCAGAAGAGGGAGGGUCAACAUGGCGUCCGAGCAGGAAAGCUCCAAUGGACCCGUCAAGAAGUCCAUGCGGGAAAAGGCUAUAGAAAGACGUACCAUCAACAAGGAGCACAACAGUAACUUCAAAGCAGGCUAUGUGCCCAUCGAGGAGGAGCGGCUCCAUAAAACAGGCCUGCGAGGACGCAAAGGAAACAUGGCAGUGUGCAUCAUUGUCCUCCUUUUCCUUCUGGCCUUAAUUAACCUCAUUAUCACACUGGUCAUAUGGACAGUGAUACGCAUCGGUCCUAAUGGCUGUGACAGUAUGGAGUUCCAUGAGAGCGGCCUUCUGCGCUUCAAGCAGAAAGCAGACAUGGGCAUCGUUCACCCGCUGCACAAGAGCACAGUAGGGGGCCGUAAGGACCAGGACCUGGUCAUUGUGGGCAACAACAACCCGGUCGUGUUCCAGCAAGGCAACACAAAGCUGAGUGUGGAAAAGGACAAGACAUCAGUCGUCAGUGACGUCGGCAUAUCCUUCACAGAUCCCCGGACACAGACCACGUUCUUCAGUACUGACUUCGAAAACCACGAGUUCCAUCUGCCAAAAGGAGUUAAAGUCCUCAGUGUUAAAAAGGCGUCCACGGAGAGGAUCACCAGUAGCGCAGCAUCCGACCUUAACAUCAAAGGUGAUGGGAAGGCCAUUAUUCGUGGAAAUGAGGGUGUCAACAUCAUGGGACGGACUGUAGAGUUCAAAAUGGGCGGGCACAUCGAGCUCAAGGCUGAAAAUAGCAUCGUACUCAAUGGAUCAGUCAUGUUCAAUGCGACACGCAUCCCAAAUUCUGCGGGUGACGUGUACUUUAAUGAUGGAUUGGAGAGGUACAAGCUCUGUAUGUGCGAGGACGGCACCCUGUUCCGUGUGCUGGUGAAAUUUACCAACAUGGGCUGCCAGACGUCAGAUAACCCAUGUAGAAAAGUUCACUAGGACUGGAAUCGGCCGGCACGUCAUCCUUCAAUCCGUCACUACAAAACCAUGACAAUCCACUGGCAUAUUUGCAUAUUUUCAAUAGGAUAUUUAGAGACCAUGGGACAUUUUUAACUACUUCCACAUUGGGUCUUUGUCAAUCAGCUGACAAAUUAAUUGUCUUUUUGUUUUUUGUUUUUUGUUGUUUGCCAAAUGUGUCACUAAACUUUGCCUUUUGGCCAAAGAAGCGUCUAAAUGUUUAAUUGUUCUACAGGUUUGUCAGCUCUAUC